CCGGCAGCGGCUCAGAGCGACUUAGCGCGGCGCGGCGAGCAAGACAUUCCACGGGACCCGCGGAGCCACGUCGGGAUCGCAGCUGAGCUCCCGCACCCUAAACUUCCUCGGCCUCCGCCCCUUCAGCACGUCCCCCGCGACCGCCCACGGGACUGCGUGAUCCCGUCAGGGCUCUCGGUGCUCCCGGGGCCGCGCGCCAUGGGCAGCCCCCGCUCCGCGCUGAGCUGCCUGCUGUUGCACUUGCUGGUUCUCUGCCUCCAAGCCCAGGUAAGGAGCGCAGCGCAGAGGCGGGGGCCAGGCGGGCUGGCGGGGAACCCGACUGGCAAAGUCGGGCAGGGACAAGACCAGCGCUUCAGAGAUGGAAGAAACAUUAGAAAUCCAGCCCCGAAGGAGGGAGCUAAGGAACAGAGUGGUAGUGUCCUGCCUAAUGUCACACAGCUAGAAGGCCCGGGCGGGGGGCCUGCGCUGGGCAGGGUGCCCGCUUCCCUGCUCCGAGCUGGCCGGGAGCCCCAGGGUGUUUCCCAACAGCAUGUGAGGGAGCAGAGCCUGGUGACGGAUCAGCUCAGCCGCCGCCUCAUUCGGACCUACCAGCUCUACAGCCGCACCAGCGGGAAGCACGUGCAGGUCCUGGCCAACAAGCGCAUCAACGCCAUGGCAGAAGACGGGGAUCCUUUUGCAAAGCUCAUCGUGGAAACAGAUACCUUUGGGAGCCGGGUUCGAGUCCGUGGAGCAGAGACAGGUCUUUACAUCUGCAUGAAUAAGAAGGGGAAGCUGAUUGCCAAGAGCAACGGCAAAGGCAAGGAUUGUGUCUUCACGGAGAUCGUGCUGGAGAACAACUACACAGCCCUGCAGAAUGCCAAGUAUGAGGGCUGGUACAUGGCCUUCACCCGCAAGGGCCGGCCCCGCAAGGGCUCCAAGACGCGACAGCACCAGCGCGAGGUCCAUUUCAUGAAGCGGCUGCCCCGCGGCCACCACACCACUGAGCAGAGCCUGCGCUUCGAGUUCCUCAACUACCCGCCCUUCACGCGCAGCCUGCGCGGCAGCCAGAGGACUUGGGCCCCCGAGCCCCGAUAGGCGCCUGCCUGGCCCCUCCCACAGUCGCCGCCGGGGACACUGGAGAGCAGCUCUGUCUGCUGAGAGCUGCGCCGCAAGGGCGGGGGAGGUGCUGGCGGAGCCCGCGAUCUAGUUGUUGAUAUUGUUUGCUGUUGGGUUUUUUUUUGUUUGUUU